CCACAAUCCACAAUCCACAGUGCAAUUGCUCUCCUCCCCUCUUGUCCGCCCCCGCCCGUCCUCUGUCGCUGCGGAUAUCUUGUCUCUAUUGUGUUGGUGCCCCUCCGCUCCCUUCCUGUCAACCCUCGAGUAGUCAUGUUCCGCCCCGUGAUCCCUCGUCUUGCCGCUGGCCGGACAGUUACCCGACCAUUCCCACAAUCACAAAUAUCGCCCGCCUCAGCUCCCCUCUCCGGUACCUAUAUCCUUAGAUAUUCCAGAAGAGGCUAUGCUACGAGCUCAGAUGAACAUGAUGUGGUUAUAAUAGGCGGCGGUGUUGCUGGUUAUGUAGCUGCGAUAAAAGCUGGCCAGGAGGGUCUAAAGACUGUUUGCAUCGAGAAACGAGGGAAAUUGGGCGGUACAUGUUUGAACGUCGGAUGUAUCCCAUCGAAGUCCCUUCUGAAUAACUCUCACCUCUACCACCAAAUCCUCCACGAUACCAAAAAGCGUGGCAUCGAAGUCGGAGAUGUCAAGCUCAACCUCGAACAGAUGAUGAAGGCCAAGGAGUCCUCCGUCGACUCGCUUACAAAAGGCAUUGAGUUCCUGCUUAAGAAAAACAAGGUCGACUAUGUUAAGGGAGUCGGCUCAUUCGUCGACCAGAACACUGUCAAGGUUGAUCUGCUCGAUGGCGGCGAGCAGGUUUUCAAGGGCAAGAAUAUCAUCGUCGCUACUGGCAGUGAAUCUACUCCGUUCCCUGGCUUGACUGUCGACGAGAAGCGCAUCAUCACAAGCACUGGAGCUCUAUCACUAACACAAGUACCGAAGAAGAUGGUUGUCAUUGGUGGUGGAAUCAUUGGUCUGGAAAUGGCCUCUGUAUGGUCCCGAUUGGGCGCAGAAGUUACCGUCGUCGAAUUCUUAGGCCAAAUCGGUGGCCCAGGAAUGGAUGCUGAGAUCGCCAAGCAAGCCCAGAAGAUCCUGGGGAGACAGGGUAUCAAAUUCCUUGUCAACACAAAAGUCACCUCCGGCGACCCCAGCGGCAAAAACGUCGUUCUGAAUGUUGAAGCCGCAAAGGGCGGCAAAGAACAAACCCUGGAGGCUGACGUUGUGUUGGUCGCCAUUGGCCGCAGACCGUACACAGAGGGUCUGGGCCUGGAGAAAGUGGGUCUCGAAGUCGACGAGAAGGGUCGUGUGGUCAUCGACCAGGAGUACCGGACAAAAGCCCAGCACAUCCGCGUCGUCGGGGACUGCACAUUCGGGCCCAUGCUCGCACACAAGGCUGAAGAGGAAGCCGUCGCGGCCGUCGAGUACAUCAAGAAGGGCUACGGCCACGUCAACUACGCUGCCAUCCCCAGCGUCAUGUACACGCAUCCCGAAGUAGCCUGGGUAGGCCAAAAUGAAGCCGACGUCAAAGCCGCCGGCAUCAAGUACCGCGUCGGCACGUUCCCGUUCAGCGCCAACUCACGCGCCAAGACCAACCUGGAAACCGAGGGCCAGGUCAAGUUCAUCGCAGACGCGGAGACGGAUCGGAUCCUGGGCGUGCAUAUCAUCGGCGCCUGCGCGGGUGAGAUGAUUGCGGAGGCCACACUGGCUAUCGAGUACGGCGCUAGCUGUGAAGAUGUAGCGCGGACAUGCCAUGCGCACCCGACGCUUUCGGAGGCUUUCAAGGAGGCGGCUAUGGCUACCUAUUCGAAGGCUAUUCACUUUUAGAGAGAAGAGAAAGAGGAUGAGUUCUUGGUUCUUUCAGCUUUUGCCCUUUUACCUUGUCUUGUCUUUGCUUACACUUCCAUACAAGGAAUAAGAAAAUUUUCCCGCUAAAAUCGCAUAAAAUACCUCCCACCUGUAUAUGCAAAUAUCCCCGCCCUACGCUGAUGUCAAAUGUACCCUACCCCACCCAACUAACCUAUGUAUCUUGCUGCCGAAUACACUGCGUUUUUGUUUCUGUCCGUUGGGAAUGAUUCUCCGAGUAUUAUUUUAUAUUUUAUUUUGAUUUUUUUUUUUUUAUUUUUUCCUGUAAAAUUUUUGUAUGUGAUAACAAACCUUUCCUUUUAAAUCUAUACUUUUGCUGCAUUUGAUACAUGGCCAUAUUCAUAUAAACAUCUAUAUACAAAAUAAAAUCUGGACCAG